AUGGACUCCCUAAUGUCACUCAACAGGGUGCUGUGCCGAUACUACUUGGAGGGGACUUGCCGGUAUGGCCAGGCUUGCACCUUCUCCCACGACCUCCAGGACACCCCCUCCAUGGUCUGCAAGUACUGGGCCGCGGGCUUCUGCAAGUACGGGGACAAGUGCCGAUACGACCACAAGCACCCGCACCGUGCACCCCGCGCCGCGCCCAAGCCUGCCGCCACGUCCGGCACGGCGCCAUCCCCGGAGCCCGGUGCUCCUGGACUGGGGUCUGAGCCGCCUGCAAGCCACGCGCUGCUGGCCAGCCUGCCCCUGGACCCGUUUGAGACCGACGCGGGGCAGGGCGCGGAGCCAGGCGCUGCGGCGGUGGUGGACGACGACGCGAUGGACGGCCUCGGCGGCUGGGAGGAGGAGGGGCCGGCGCACCUGCGCGAGUGUGGCGCGCGGCACGACCGCCUGGCGGCGCGGCAGGCGGCGGCGCGCCUGGAGUGCGCCAUCUGCCUGGAGCGCGUGCUGGGCAAGGCGGAGGCGGGCGCGCGCCGCUUCGGCCUGCUGGCCUGCGACCACGUCUUCUGCCUGGCCUGCAUCCGGUCCUGGCGCCAGGAGGGCGAGGUGGACGUCGACACGGCGCUGCGGACCUGCCCGGUGUGCCGGCAGACAGCCUUCUUCGUGACGCCCAGCACGGUGUGGCCGGAGAGCGCGGAGCAGAAGCAGGCCAUCGUGGAGGGGUACCGAGCCAAGCUGGCCUCCAUUGACUGCAUGCACUUUGACAAGGGCAGGGGAGCGUGCCCCUUUGGUGCAAGCUGCCACUACAAACAUGCCUACGAGGAUGGGACAGUGGAGGUGCCCUCAAACCGCCUGGCCGCCGAUGAGGAGGGCGAGGUGCGCAUGCUGCAGCCCAUGCGUCUCUCGGAUUUCAUCACGAUAACAGACCGAAGAUCGCGGCGGCGGUAA